AUCUAUUCAUUGGGCUAUUAGUUAAAAUGGCGCGGUCUAUGGUGGUAGGGUAGGUCGUGCGCAUAUUCAAUAAUAUUUUCUCGCUACCCCCUUGCAUUGACGUGAAUCACCAAAACUUCAUCCCCUGAUUACACUGCAACGAAGAAUAUGGCCUGCGUUUUGGCCAAACACAGACCGUUGUGCCUAAAGCUGGCUGGGCUUCACAAGGCGUUCAACAUCAGUGGUGUCACCUUUGCAACACGUGGACCUGACACCAAAACCUACGACUUGAUUGUUGUUGGAGGAGGAUCGGGGGGCUUGGCGUGUGCCAAGGAAGCCCAGGCGCUCGGUCUGAGUGCGGCCGUGCUGGACUUCGUGGAGCCUUCCCCGCGUGGCAGCUUCUGGGGCCUGGGGGGCACAUGCGUCAAUGUGGGCUGCAUCCCCAAGAAGCUGUUCCACCAGGGGGCGCUGCUGGGGGAGGCCCUCGAGGACGCCCGCCAUUUUGGCUGGGGGCUCGCCGACCCGAAGCCCGGCCACAACUGGGCCACGCUGAGGGACGCCGUUCAGGGACACGUGCGCUCCCUCAACUGGGGACACCGGGUCCAGCUCAAGAAGAAGAAAGUGGACUACUUCAAUGCCCUGGGCACGUUCAUCAACAAAUCCAGCCUUAGUGCCAAGGCUCCAGAUGGCACAGAACAAAUUCUGUCAGCGAGCAACUUCGUUGUCGCCGUCGGAGGACGUCCAACGUUGCCGAUUGAUGUGCCUGGAGCAUUGGAACAUGCCAUCACUUCGGACGAUCUCUUCUCUCUCGAGAAACCACCUGGAAAAACACUUGUGGUGGGUGGAAGCUACGUUGCAUUGGAGUGUGCGGGCUUCCUCAACGGCCUCGGCUUCGACGUCAGCGUCAUGGUGCGGUCCAUUUGCCUGCGUGGGUUUGACCAGCAAAUGUCCAAGCUGGUGACGAGCCACAUGGAGUCGGUGGGUACGCGCUUCCUCUGGACCUGCCUGCCCAAGGAGGUCAAGAAGUGUCCGGACGGCAGGCUGCAGGUGUCCUGGACGGACUCCCAAGGCAGCAUGCAGGAGGAUGUCUUUGACACUGUCAUGUUUGCCAUUGGGAGACAAGCCAAGACAAAAGGACUCAACCUAGAAGGAGUAGGGGUGAGGCUGAACCCCAGGAACCACAAGGUGGUGGCCAGUGACCUGGAACAGUCUUCGGUCAGCAACAUCUACGCCAUCGGAGACGUGCUCGACGGCAGACCAGAGCUCACUCCGGUGGCCAUACGGGCGGGCAAGCUCCUGGCACGGCGCCUCGCUGGUGUCACCGAUGAGCGGAUGGACUAUGACAAGGUGGCCACAACAGUGUUCACCCCACUGGAGUACGGCUGCGUCGGACUGUCGGAAGAGGCGGCCCUGGAAACGCACGGGGCCGACGACGUUGAUGUCCUGCACGCAUUCUACAAGCCUCUGGAGUACACCGUGCCCCAGAGAGACGCCUCCCAUUGCUACAUGAAGGCCGUAACCCUGCGCUCCGGUUCACAGCCCGUGUUGGGCCUCCACAUGACGGGCCCUCAUGCCGGGGAAGUGAUCCAGGGCUACGCAGCUGCGCUCAAGUGCAACUUAACCAGAAAGGUCCUGGAAGAAACAGUUGGCAUUCACCCCACUGUGGCUGAAGAAAUGGUCAAACUGCACAUAACCAAGCGGUCCGGCGAAGACCCAACGGUCACGGGCUGCUGAGGCUAAUAGGGACAUCUGCGCCAACACUUGCAGGAGGCACAGGCCAACUGUGCAGUCCCAGUUGUACUGUGCGCCUGCUCGGCGGGGAUGUUCCGGCACCGUUUCUGCUAGUCUGUAUAUUGGGGGACAGGUCCUAUGAUGUUGAGCCUUGAAAGCCCAUCAGGGCUAGGGUUUGACUGAAGUUGCCUGUCCCAAGAACGAACAUAUUCUGCACUCAUAUAUUGCAGCCUGUUGAGUAGAUGGUUUUAUAAAAUAAAUGUUGUUUUAUAAAACAUU